GUAGAUCGCUCUAACCCACGGCACGAUCUCACAGGUCCCUGCGUCCUCCUGCCUUCCUAUCGACGCCACGCCCAACCCUCCCGCCUUCGUUGGCCGCCGCCGGAGGAACGAGGUGAGGAGGCCGCCAAAUCGAGUGUUGUUGUUGGAUCGAACACCGUCGCUGUUGAUCCCCGAUCCUCCAUGGUGUCAACACGAACCGUACACAUCUUCGUCGGUCGCCUACGCCUUUCCCGUUGUCAUCCACGACCACAGUGCUUCUCCACUCGCCGCCCACGAACAACCAAGGUCGUCGUCGCAACACCCAAGCCAGACUCCGUCCAUGUUUGACUCGAGGAACCUGGAGUGGCCGAAGCUGAAAUUGGUCGAUGUGAUAUAAAAUGUAUCUUGAAGAAAUUCUAUGGAAUGCGCAAGCCAGAACCUCUCAUUAUACCUCAAGACAAGAAUUUAUUUGACUAAAUUGAUUCAGAUAGUACUUGCCCUGCAUGGCUAACAGAAGACAACACUGCCUACUACCCUGACAAAUUUGAGAAGACAUGAUUUACUCGUGGAUUGAAUUACUAAAUAAGAAUUGGGAGCUGACUGCACCAUGGACUGGAGUUCUGAUAAAAGUUCCGAUAAAAUUAAUUGUUGGAGAAUAGGACCUUAGAUACAGCAUCCCGGGUGACAGGUAGAUUUUUUGAGAAACGACUAUAUUCAAAGGGUAGCUUAAGGUGUUGCCCAUUUUAUCAAUAAAGAGAAGCCUAACGAGGUUUCCGACCAGAUUUGCAGAUUGGCUGGCGGCUCAAGGCAGAUCGAGCAGCUCCGACGUCGUCCGCUACAGAUCGACCUUGGAAGUAGCUAGGCAGACAUACGUGGAUUAUAUACAUGGAGGUACUGCCGGAUAUCUAUCCCUUGACAGGAUUGCAAAUUGGCGACAUGCAAUCUUACGUGUCACGGGCGUUCCUCUAUUUUGCACCUCUCAGUAAGAAGGUUUUCAUUCUUGUGGAUAACCAGCCAUGGAGGACAAGCAAGCAAUCUCGAUCGGCAAGACUGUGGCAGUUGAUGGUCACCAAGUAUAGGAUGUCUCCGUUCGCGAACUCGAGGGUGCUCGACAGCUGCUCCGGUGCAAACAACGCCACCACCUCGACAGAAGAAGACGGCGACUGCAUGAUGGGGGCACGGCGCUGGUUCGAGGUGGCGGACCUGAGCCGAGCGCUGCAUGGGUUCCUGGUGUUCGAGGUGUCGUGGAGAGACGUGCACGGCAUCAACUACCUGAAUGAGCUGCUAAUUGACACGUCCUUGGCGCUGGAGGCGCGCUACAUGAAGAAAUGGGAGUUUUACAGCGCCGAGCAGGCUGCCGGCAGUGCGGAGCUCUGGUUUCUGGGCCGUGCGCCGGAGGCUCAGGCGCUGCGUGGAUACCUGAAGAGGCUGUCCGAGCAGGAGCAGCAGCAGCAGCAGCAGGAGUUGCAAGACAACAAUAAUAUGCUUCGGCUGAUUCAGCAUAUCCGUCGACGGUCGUCGACGUCUCUGCAGGCGGACGCCGGCGGAGACGUGCAGUUCCACAACCACGGCGACCUCCCCGUGGAGGCAGCAGCGGCGCAGUACACCGACACGCUGAUCCUGCUCCGGUUCAGGGACAGCGCACUGCCGCUGAAGCUGCGGGAGAUCAUCAUGUCUGACAUCCGGCUGCUGACGCUGCUCGAGUCGGGGCUGCCGUCGUGGGUGAUCUUCCUGCAGUCGUACCCGUUGCUAUGCCUCCUGUACCGGCCAUGGAUGCGGCCCCUGGCGCGGAGCCUCUACCUCCUGGUCUCGCUGGCCACCGUCAUCAUCGGCUUCUACGACCUGUACAAGAACGUGCCGCUGCUCAAGGCCGCGGCCGCGCGCGUGUGCGGCCCGCUCUUCGGCUGGAUCGAGACGUGGGACAUGGUCACCAGGAUCCAGUACCUGGGCACCAUCCUCUUCCUGCGCAACCUGCGCAAAUGCCUGCAGGGGCUACUCGGCCUGCUGCGGAUGGCGCGGGCGCUGCUCCGGCCACUGGCGGCGCCGGUGGCAGCCAUCGCGGGCCCCGUCCUAUCCGCCUGCGGCGAGCUCUGCGAGCUGGUCGGCGACCUGGCGGAGGCACUGUGGGCGCCCUUGGACGCCGUGUUCGACUGCGCCGUUGGGGCCCUCAACCCACUGGUCCAGGCGCUGCUUCUGCCGGUGCGGUGCGCGGCGGCGCUGGCUGGCUGCGCGGGCUCACUGCUCUCCAACACAUACAACUUCGGUAAGGACAUCUGGGAGACGCUGAGCAGCAUGUUGGAGCUUAACCACAUGGCCGAGGCGCAGCACAGCGCGCUCGACGUCUCCUUGCUCAAGGCCCUCUGGAACGAUCUCUUCUCGCAGAUCUUCCGGGCAAUCAGAAGCAUAUUGAAUGGUAUACUGGUCUUCUUCGCAUCUUGCAACAGGCAUAGGCUCAGCAUCUACAACCACGUGCAGGCAAGGCUGCGGCAUAUGCUCCACGUUUCUCGGUUGGCGCCCUAUUCAUGUCAGUGCAAGAUGAAGCGCCGUCUGCAGCGACAAAACGACGAGGAUGAUGCUGUCGAAUGCAAUAUCUGCAAGUGAGCAAUCAAUUCGGAACAUGGAUGUCUAGGAUGCGUACGUGUACUCACGCAGGCCCAUGAAUAAUGAAACAGAAGGAAAUUAGGUAGAAGCAACUAGCUUAGGCGUACAUGAGUUAAGUUGGUUUUCUGAUAGGAAGGACAUAUAUGGACUACUUAGUUCAUGUAGAUAAGAUCUAUGUAGGUGAUAUUUUAUCUUUUUAAUUUGCAUAAUGUAUAAAGAUAACAAUAGACAUAAACUAGGACUCAUAAAUCACAUCAGCUCUCUCACAUGAGAGAGAAGAGAGAGACAAUGUAUUUUAAUUUGUAUGAAUAGUCUAUAUAGCUAAAGGUAGUUUAUCCUAUUUUAUUUUCUAAUUACCCCGGCCUUCCAGAAUGGUAAAAUAGUUUAUAUAAAGUUGUAAGGAUCAUUUUGGUUUA